AUGGCACCCAAGCCCAAACCACCUUCACGAACAGCAGCAUCAACAUCCCUAGCACCGCAGGCAUCCCGCCCAAACCCAUUCAAAGACCGCCUCGGGCUAGGCGCCUACAUAUCCUCCCCGUCGUCCUUCCCGCCCUCUGUCAUCAUCUACCAAAACGCCGACUUUGUCGCCAUCCACGACAAGUACCCCAAGUCCACCAUCCACACGCUUCUCCUCCCUCGCUCCCCCUCCCACAACCUCCUCCACCCCUACGAAGCCUUCAAGGACGAGGCAUUCCUAGCAAAAGUCCAAAGGGAAGCCGCCAAGCUAAAAGCCCUCGUUGCCGCGGAACUACAGCGCCGGCUGGGGCGCUACUCCAAGGCGGACGCGGCUCGGCAGGCAGUGCUCAACGGCGACAAGGACAGCGAGGACGGAGAGCUGCCCGGGGGCAGAGACUGGGAGAGCGAGGUCAAGGUCGGUGUGCACGCGGUGCCGAGCAUGACGCAUCUGCAUGUACACGUGCUGUCGAGGGACAUGCACUCGAGCAGCAUGCGGCACCGGAAGCACUAUAAUUCGUUCAACACCCCGUUCUUGGUUGAUGUGGGUGAUUUUCCCAUGAGCGAGGGCGACGAGCGGCUGGAUCCCAAGGAACAAGGGUAUUUGCGGCGGGAUUUGAAGUGUUGGCGGUGUGGGAGGGGGUUUGGGAAUCGGUUCACGAGGUUGAAGGAGCAUUUGGAGGAGGAGUUUGUGACAUGGAGGGCUGAGUGA